UGAGUAUUGAUAUGGACAGUGUUUCCUCAGGCUCUUCUCUACAGUUCCUUGCUAAACUCCUUCGUGAUGGUCAAGAAGAUGAUGAUGAUGAUGAAGAUCCACGCUGUUCUAUUAGCGCCAUGACUCCUGGUAGUAUUGGACCAGUAAAGAAAGAGACCACUGGUACUUUUCAAGUGAAAUCUGAAAACAGGAAAACUAUUUGGAAUACAGAGGAGGUCCCAGAAGGAUCUGAAUUUGAUGAUACCUGGGACCCUAGAGAACAGCCAGAGUAUCAGAUUUUAUUCAAACAGUGUGUGGGAACGGAGGAUGUCUUCUUUGGGAUGAGCAGGAAAGACCCCUCCACAGCCUGCUGUGAAGAUAUGGUGAUUAAAAUCAAGCUGCCAGAGACAAAGUACUCGGACAUCACAUUAGAUAUCCAGGACAAGGUUCUUGACCUUCGAACUCCCAAAAAGAAGCUGCUGCUGCACCUCCCCUACCGUGUAGACAGCAAGAAUGGUAAAGCUCGUUUCCUCUCUGAAGAGGAGACCUUGGAAGUCACCUUGAGAGUAUCAAGGAAGUUUGAUUUCAUAAAUUUUUUCUGA